AUUCCGCCACGAGCGUAUAUAUAUAGUCUCAGAUCGAGAAAACCCGCACUGCGUUAGGGUUUUGGAAAUCCUUCCUCGUCGCCGCGCGUCUUAGAUUUUAAUUAUCUAUUUACCUGUUGAUCAUUUACAUUAGACAAGAUGGUGAAGUUCACAGCUGAAGAGCUUCGAAGGAUUAUGGAUCUUAAGCAUAAUAUUCGUAACAUGUCUGUUAUCGCUCAUGUUGAUCAUGGAAAAUCAACUCUGACUGAUUCUCUUGUGGCUGCUGCGGGCAUUAUUGCACAGGAAGUUGCCGGCGAUGUUCGAAUGACGGAUACUCGUCAAGAUGAGGCUGACCGAGGCAUCACUAUCAAGUCUACCGGCAUCUCGCUCUACUAUGAGAUGGCAGACGAAACUCUGAAGAACUACAAGGGUGAGAGGGCAGGAAAUGAAUAUCUUAUCAAUCUGAUUGAUUCGCCAGGACACGUGGAUUUCUCGUCCGAAGUUACAGCCGCACUACGAAUUACUGAUGGCGCUCUCGUUGUCGUCGACUGUGUUGAGGGCGUCUGCGUCCAGACGGAAACGGUCCUGCGACAAGCUCUCGGAGAAAGAAUCAGACCCGUCUUAACCGUUAACAAGAUGGAUCGAUGUUUCCUCGAGCUUCAGGUUGAAGGUGAAGAAGCUUACCAGACUUUUCAGCGGGUCAUCGAGAGCGCAAAUGUUAUUAUGGCUACAUAUGAGGAUCCUCUUCUGGGUGAUGUCCAAGUCUACCCUGAGAAGGGUACUGUCGCAUUCUCCGCAGGGCUGCAUGGUUGGGCUUUUACGCUGACAAAUUUUGCUAAAAUGUAUGCUUCGAAGUUUGGGGUGGAUGAGAGCAAGAUGAUGGAGCGACUUUGGGGUGAGAAUUUCUUUGAUCCGGCCACGAAGAAGUGGACUACCAAGAACACUGGCUCGCCCUCUUGCAAGCGUGGUUUCGUCCAGUUCUGCUACGAACCGAUCAAGCAGAUUAUUAACACCUGCAUGAAUGAUCAGAAGGACAAGUUGUGGCCGAUGCUGUCGAAGCUUGGGGUCUCAAUGAAAUCUGAAGAGAAGGAACUCGUUGGGAAGGCACUGAUGAAGCGGGUGAUGCAGACUUGGUUGCCAGCUAGCAACGCUCUUCUUGAGAUGAUGAUAUUUCACCUCCCGUCUCCGGCGAAGGCCCAGAAGUAUCGUGUUGAGAAUCUAUACGAAGGUCCUCUUGAUGAUCAAUAUGCUAAUGCUAUCAGAAACUGUGAUCCUGAAGGUCCUCUAAUGCUUUAUGUUUCAAAAAUGAUUCCUGCAUCGGAUAAGGGCAGGUUCUUUGCUUUUGGUCGGGUUUUUUCAGGCAAGGUCUCGACUGGUUUGAAGGUGAGAAUCAUGGGACCAAACUAUGUUCCAGGCCAGAAGAAGGAUUUAUAUGUCAAGAGCGUCCAGCGUACUGUUAUCUGGAUGGGGAAGAAGCAAGAGUCUGUGGAGGAUGUGCCCUGCGGUAACACCGUCGCCAUGGUUGGACUCGAUCAAUUCAUCACGAAGAAUGCUACUCUUACUAAUGAGAAGGAGGUUGAUGCCCAUCCUAUCAGAGCCAUGAAAUUCUCCGUCUCUCCCGUCGUUCGUGUCGCUGUGAGCUGCAAGGUCGCCUCUGAUCUCCCAAAGCUUGUGGAAGGUUUAAAGCGCCUCUCAAAAUCUGAUCCCAUGGUCGUCUGUGCCAUCGAGGAAUCCGGCGAGCAUAUUGUUGCAGGGGCCGGUGAGCUCCACCUCGAGAUCUGCCUGAAAGAUUUGCAGGAUGAUUUCAUGGGUGGCGCGGAGAUUGUCGUGUCUGACCCUGUUGUCUCUUUCCGUGAAACCGUUAUUGACAAAUCCAGCAGAACAGUGAUGAGCAAGUCUCCUAACAAGCAUAACCGGCUUUACAUGGAAGCACGACCCUUGGAAGAGGGCUUAGCAGAGGCCAUUGAUGAUGGCCGUAUUGGUCCGCGCGAUGACCCCAAGGUCCGUGCCAAGGUGCUGUCUGAAGAAUUUGGGUGGGACAAAGAUCUAGCAAAGAAGAUCUGGUGUUUUGGCCCGGAGACCACUGGACCAAACUUGGUGGUCGACAUGUGCAAGGGAGUCCAGUACUUGAACGAAAUCAAGGACUCCGUCGUCGCUGGUUUUCAGUGGGCUUCAAAGGAGGGUGCCCUCGCAGAGGAGAACAUGCGAGGGAUAUGCUUUGAAGUAUGUGACGUCGUACUCCAUGCCGACGCGAUUCACAGAGGCGGCGGGCAAGUGAUUCCGACCGCAAGGAGAGUUAUAUACGCCUCUCAACUGACGGCGAAACCCAGGCUUCUGGAGCCUGUAUAUCUGGUGGAGAUCCAAGCUCCGGAGCAGGCUCUUGGAGGCAUAUAUGGCGUUCUGAACCAGAAAAGAGGCCAUGUGUUUGAAGAAAUGCAGAGGCCGGGCACUCCUCUCUACAACAUCAAAGCUUACUUACCCGUCGUUGAGUCGUUCGGUUUCUCGACGGCUCUGAGGGCGGCGACCUCUGGCCAGGCCUUCCCGCAGUGUGUGUUCGAUCACUGGGACAUCAUGUCGUCGGAUCCGUUGGAGGCGAAUUCGCAGGCGGGGCAACUCAUAACGGACAUUCGGAAGAGGAAGGGUCUGAAGGAGCAGAUGACCCCUCUGUCGGAAUUUGAAGAUAAGCUGUAAGAGAAAUUUUGAACUCCAAUCUGUAGGUUGGUGGUUAUGAGUCCUCUUUGAAGGUUCGUCUGUCCCUUUUUUUUACCCUGUUUCUCUGUUUUUGUUCUGCGGGUUAUUUUAUGAACUAUUUUUGUUGUUGCACUAAUUUUAUUUGUGGUUGGACUUUGUAUGUCACAUACUUGCUGUAUUCUAAGUUAAUUUUGAACAUGUUAUUGUCUUUUUUGUUAUAAUUA